AUGUACGGGGACGGCGACGAUGGGAAUUACGGAGGCCAAGACUCACCACAAAAGAGUUCGUGGACCGAAGAGACAGUGGCAGGCGCAGCUGGUUUGGCAGCAAUAAAAAUGUACGAAGAUCAUGUUCGGAACAGUGGCGAACAAGUGUCUCAUUCGAAGAUGAAGGAGUUGCUGGCUGGCCUCGCGGCGGCAGAGGUCGACAAACUGUUUCAGAAAAAUGGCCUCGACUUUCUCGAUCGGGAAAAGGCAAAGAAGCGAGCUGUACACCAAGCUCACCAUCUUGCUGAACAGAAGUACGGGCCUGGGAGUACGUUCAGCAAUGGUGGUGGCGGUGAUGACUAUGGACAAGGUCAAGGACAAUUUGGUGGUGGCGGCUUCGGGCAAGGCCAAGAUCAAUAUGGCGGGCAAGGCCAAGGGCAAUAUGGUGGUGGUGGCUUCGGGCAAGGUCAAGGUCAAUUUGGCGAUGAUGGCUAUGAUCAGCAGAAUUUUGGCGGCGGUGGUUUUGGCCAGGGAGGUGAUAAUGAAGGUCGCCGCGGGGAGCAUCACCAUGGGCAUCAUCAUCAUCGGGAAGAAGAUAAUUAA